GUGAGUGAGACGGAAGCAGUGAAUCAAACCGAGGGAGCUUCGCUGGAGCCAUGGGCGGGGGAGAUCUGAACCUGAAGAAGAGCUGGCACCCCCAGACCCUGCGCAAUGUGGAGAAGGUGUGGAAAGCAGAACAGAAACAUGAAGCCGAGAGGAAGAAGAUUGAGGAACUCCAAAAGGAGCUGCGGGAGGAGAGAACCAGGGAAGAGAUGCAGAGAUAUGCCGAGGAUACAGGAGCUGUUAAGAAAAAAGAUGAGAAACUGGACUGGAUGUACCAAGGCCCAGGGGGCUCAGUGAACCGUGAGGAGUAUCUCCUGGGGAGACCCGUGGACAAAUACAUCCUGGAUAAAAUGAAGGAACCAGAAACCGGACCCUCUUCUGACACUGGAUUGCUCCCCGGCUCCAUAUUUUCAGGAGCUGGGGGCAAUUCCACCCUGGACCUAGCAAACAAGAUCCGCGAGGAUCCGCUCUUCAUGAUCAGGAAGAGAGAAGAUGAGAAAAAGAGAGAAGUCCUGAAAAAUCCUGUAAAGAUGAAGAAGAUUCGAGAAAUGCUGCAGAGCAGCCUGGAGAAAAAGAGCAAGAAAAAGAAGGAGAAAAAGAAGCGGAGAAAGGAGAGAAUGGAAACUUCCAGCAGUGAGGAGGACAGCAGCGAUGAAGAGGAAGGCCGUAGCAGAAAUAAGUCUCACAAGCACCACAAGCAUUCUCCAUCCCCUCCGGCUCGGCACAGGGUGCCUGGAUACGGCCUGCAGGUCAGAGAUCAUAGACAAGGCAGCAGAGAAGAGCACACAAAUAAGGACAGAGUCCGGGCACAUUCUCGGAGCCCCGACCAUGAGAGCAAGGGGUCUAAGACUGGCGGCUCAUACGGAGGGCGGAAAAGAAGUCCCUCCCCGCGGAAGCAGGAGCCAUACAGGAGACAACGGCCGUCAGCUUAUACCAAGAAACUCUCUGCUGAGGAACUUGAACGGCGGAGGCAGGAGAUGAUGGAAGAUGCCCAACAGAGAGAGAAGGAAAGAGAGUGGAAUGUCAGAAGGUACAAACAGGAGGAAGAGAAAGAUGAGAAGAAGGGGAAACAGAAGAAGGAGAGCAAGUUUAUACAUCAAAUGAAGCUCGAGAGCGCGGCCUCGUCAUCAGUGGAGGACAGAGUCAAACGCAACAUUCAUGGGAUCCAACGGACGUCUGCAGCCCUGGAAAGGAGCUUUAUGAAAAGAUGAUCUCUCAGGGAUCCAUUCAUUCAUCUGGUGCCUCCCACCCAUCAAAAUUGGCUCAUAUUUUUUCACCAUGCUUCCAAAGGUGUUCCUUUUCCUCCUCCAGAAAACAUGGGGGAACCUUCUUUCUCAUAUUUAUGCUGGUCACCUCUAUGCUGUAACAGGGUGUUGGUAUAAUUGGAUUUUAAAGUGCGAUCUUACAAACUUUCUCCAAGUGCAUCAGCCAACCAAAUUUUGCACCAUUCCUCUUCAACUGUUGGGCAGCUGCAGAAAGGCACGGUGUGGUUGGGGUUAAAUUCCAGUGCCCAUGUUCCUGGACCCUGGCUUUCAUUGGGCAUGCUCCUGACCAGUCAUCCUGCUGGCAAGAGGAUAUUUCCCCUACUCUUGGAAGCAGAUAUUGGAUUCCACUAAAAAUCCAUGGCCUGACAUGUUGGGAUAAGCAAUGGCAUGCCUUCAUGAAAUGGAGCGGAUCUCACACGUUGUGUACAUACAUGGUUUUUGCUUUGUUCACAGUGUUUCAUUUUUUAUUAAAGUAUUCUGUUUUAAACUUAAA